CAACAUUAACUCAACUGUUGACCAAAGCUCAUUUGUUUUACUUUGUUGAUUUAAGACUCUUCCCAGAGACUGCAUCUGGUCUGGUUGAAGGCCAGAAACUCUGUAGCCCUUUUCCGUUAAAGCCUCCAAAAAGCACCUCCACAAGCUUGUAUCUUCUCCAAAGUCACUGAUUUAUUCCAAGUUUAAAUCUUGAUCACUGGGCAAUAAGAAGAAAUGGGUUGUUGCCUGACCAAAAGUAAAGGCUCAAAGUCACAACAAAAUGGGUACAGAUCAGGAGCAGCAGCUACUGGUGCGCAGCAGCAACAGAGAUACCAGGAACCUGUUGUUUACCACCACCAAUCCAGGGCUCCACCACCUCAACCCCAACCCCAACACCACCACCACCACCUACCUGAAAAGCCGGCGGCUCCGGCACCAUGGAAGCCAGGUGCUCCAAUUAUAGCUCCAAGUCCAAGGUCUGUCCAGAAGAGUGAUACAAUCCUUGGUAAGCCAUAUGAGGAUGUAAAGUUGCAUUAUACAUUUGGUAAAGAACUGGGUAAGGGUCAGUUUGGUGUGACUUUUCUUUGUACUGAGAAUUCAACUGGUAAGCAAUAUGCUUGCAAGACUAUAUCCAAGAAAAAGUUAGUAACAAAGAACGAUAAGGAGGAUAUGAAGAGAGAAGUACAGAUUAUGCAGCAUUUAAGUGGGCAGCCUAACAUUGUGGAGUUCAAGGGUGCUUUUGAGGAUAGGCAAUCUGUGCACCUUGUGAUGGAGCUAUGCGCUGGUGGGGAGCUCUUUGAUAGGAUUAUAGCCAGGGGGCAUUACACCGAAAAGGCUGCUGCUUCUAUAUUUAGACAAAUCAUUAAUGUUGUUCAUGCCUGUCAUUUCAUGGGAGUGAUGCACAGGGACCUUAAGCCUGAGAAUUUCUUGUUGUCAAGUAAGGAUGAGAGUGCUCCUUUGAAGGCCACUGAUUUUGGGUUGUCCGUGUUCAUUGAUGAGGGAAGGGUAUAUCGGGAUAUAGUUGGCAGUGCUUACUAUGUUGCUCCUGAAGUAUUACGGCGUAAAUAUGGGAAGGAAGCAGAUAUCUGGAGUGCAGGAGUUAUGUUGUAUAUUUUGCUUAGUGGUGUACCUCCAUUUUGGGCAGAAACAGAGAAAGGGAUAUUUGAUGCAAUUCUGCAAGGAGAACUUGACUUCCAUACUGAUCCAUGGCCAUCUAUUUCAAGCAGUGCCAAAGACCUAAUCCGCAAGAUGUUGACACAGGAUCCUAAGAAGAGGGUUUCUUCUGCUCAAGUUCUAGAGCAUGCAUGGACUAAAGGUGGAGAAGCAUCAGACAAGCCAAUAGACAGUGCAGUCCUUUCUAGAAUGAAACAAUUCAGAGCAAUGAACAAACUAAAGCAACUCGCAUUAAAGGUCAUUGCAGAAAGUCUGUCGACUGAAGAAAUCCAAGGACUGAAGCAAAUGUUUUCAAACAUGGACACUGACAAAAAUGGCACUAUUACUUAUGAUGAACUCAAGGCUGGACUAGCUCGACUUGGAUCAAGGCUUAGUGAGGCUGAAGUUAAACAGCUCAUGGAAGCUGCUGAUGUAGAUGGGGAUGGUACUAUUGACUACAUUGAAUUUAUCACAGCCACAAUGCACAGGCACAGGCUAGAAAGGGAUGAGCAUCUUUACAAAGCUUUUCAACAUUUUGAUAAGGACAACAGCGGAUUUAUCACAAUGGAUGAACUUGAAGGAGCCAUGAAAGAAUAUGGAAUGGGUGAUGAUGCUACAAUCAAGCAAAUAAUAUCUGAAGUUGACACAGACAAUGAUGGGAAAAUCAACUAUGAUGAGUUUUGCACCAUGAUGAGAAGCGGUAACCAACCAGGGAAGCUCUUUUAGAGUUUGCUCCCCAGACUCUCUCACCCCCACUCAAUAUUUCCUGAAAGUAGGACACUAUGGCUUCAAGAUGUCCAGUAGGUCCACAUCCAGCAACUUUCAAUUUGGACUAGUUUUGCUUUUUGAGUAUUUGGAAUGUUAACUUGGUGCAUAUAGUCAUUAUUUAUGUUUUCCUCUUAUCUUAAUGAAUCUUGUGCUUGAUGUUCAAGGAUUUUGAAUGAGGAUAUUCCUUUUUU